CUGACCGUCAAGUGUUGAAAAUGAGUUUUGUUGUUGCUGCUUUCUGCUGCAAUAGUUGUUGUUGCUGUUGCUGUUGCUGCAGCAGCAGCAGGUGUCGCCAUCUCACUUUUUAGCACGGACUCAAACCCCGACCAGCCAACCAACUGUGGUGACACUUUUUUCCCAUGCUCAUUUUUUUUUUUUUGUGUUUACUGUGGCCCCCCUUUUAACCCAUACAUAUGCAUAUUCUUAUUAAGCCAAACACGAAGAAGACAAAACGAACUCCAUAUUUUUCAUUUAAACGCGCCUAUCGCGCCAUCCCACUCGCACCGACUUGCCACUUUUGCACUUUUGUCUCCACAAAACUCCACAACUCGCUCGGCGUAAUUUUAAUUCGAAUCAAUUUGUUUGUCGCCGCCGCUGCACAGAGUUCAGCCAUUUUCCCAGUGGGCCGUCGAUCCGCUCCACUGUGCACCCGCCACAUGUUCCACUGUGCGGAUUCAAGGAUACUGGGUUUUUUUUUCCUGUGUGUGUGAAUGUGUUUGUGACUUGUGAAUUGAGCACCCAAGUUAAACGAAGUUAACUGAAAGAAAAUACAGAAGACAAUGCUGACCUGAAGGUGAAAGCAAGUUUAAAACGAAAUAAUCAAGUGUCAAGACUUAAUCCGAAACAAGGCAACUCCUUGAGUUUAAGGCUGAUAAGUGGAUACAAACUUAACUGGGAACCAAUAAAGAUUACACAAAAACAACCAGCAGUUCAGAUAAAACAAAAAAAUUAACCAUAAAGUGUUAAAAGUUAUUUUAAAUAUCACAGACAACAUUGAUAUUAAAGUCAAAAAGUUCAAGUUAAUAAAAAAUGAAUUCCGACAAGUGAAUUAAAUAGAACAAUUGAAAAGUUAGCAUUAAAUGGAUCAGCUGAUCAAACAGCUACAGCUGGCAGCCGCUGCUCAGGCGCAGGAGGAAAAUAUCAGUGCAAUGAACGCUUAUCCGCAUUCGCAUCCGCAUCCUCGCCAACAUCCGCAUCCGCAUGCGGCAUCCGCCUUGCAACUCUAUGCGGCAGCAGCCGCCGUCAACCUGCGAGUGCCCGGAUGGUCGCCCUUUCUCAGCCUGCCCCUCGAAUCCACGGGGGAUUCCCCAAGAUCCGGAACCAGUUCGUCCUCUGUCUACAUGCUCCGCCAGGUGGCGCUGAUGCAGCGCGCCAAUGCAGCCGCCGCUGCAGCCGCAAUUCAGCAGCAAAGAUAUCAAAAUCGGGAUCUGGCUGAAGAUCAGAAUCAGAAUCAGAAUCAAACUAUUAAAUUGGAACCAUCAGAGUCCCUUGAAAAUGCAGGACAGCUAAAGAGGGAACAGAAAGAUUUAGGACUAAAUCGGCACAACACCCGCGAAGACUCUAGUCAUGAGGAUGAGACUUACAGCGAAGAGUCAGUCUUUAUCAGAGCUACCGAUCACGAUUCACGGUGCGAUGAAGAACCCAAACCCAAUCUGGAACCGGAUGAGGACACGGAGUCCUCGAAGCGAAGGCGCUGCAGGACCAACUUCAACUCCUGGCAGCUGGAGGAGCUGGAGAGGGCCUUUCUGGGAAGCCACUAUCCGGACAUAUUUAUGCGGGAGGCUUUGGCAAUGAGACUCGAUCUGAAGGAAGGUCGCAUCGCGGUUUGGUUCCAGAACCGUCGGGCCAAGUGGCGCAAAAAGGAUCACACCAAAAAGGGUCCUGGCAGACCGGCGCACAAUGCCCAGCCCCAGAGCUGCAGUGGAGCACCCAUUCCGCUGUCGGAACUUCGGGCCAGAGAUCGAGCUCAACUUAGGAAACGGAUGAAGAAAGCCAUCGAACGGCAGGCGCGGAAACUGCGUCUCAAGGGAAUCCAAGUGGACUUUGGCCGGCUGCAGGCGGAUUACCUGGCCGCCCACAAGGACAACUGGCGGGAGGAUCAGGAUAUGGAUAGGGAUCUGGAUCUGGAUGGCAGGGGAUGCUGUGACGAUGACAAUGACGACCUGCCCAUCGAUGUGGUGGGCGAGGGUCAGGAGGACAACAACGGCGACAGUCAGGCCAACUCAUUCUGCUCCUCGCGAGCCUACCAAAGCGAACUGGAUUCCGAUGACUUGGGGGUACCCAUCAAACUGGAGGCGGCUACUCCACCGAACCCCUCACAAAGUAAACCCCUAUACAGCUCCCCCUUCAGCAUCGAAUCCCUAUUGGGCUCAUAACGAAUAUCGAAUGGUAGUAGCAUAUGUGGGUAGCAGUAAGCAUACAACUUCGGUGGCUAGCUUAGAACUAAGUGAGAAUAUAAUCCGUAAACUCCAAA